UCGUUUAUAAUCACUAUCAUGGUGCCUUACUGUGACAAACAUGAGGAUCCACGUGUAACAUAUUUGCCCAGACAAGGGCUAUUGGACGACGCUAUGUGUGGGGUUGACCCAAUUUCGAUAGCUAGAUGAUCUUUGCAUGCCGUGGAACGGAUCGACAAUUUCAAAUCAUCGCUUUGCUCGUUGAACUUUCAGGCAUUGUGUUUUUGCAGGCUGCUACUGCGUCCAGCCUUCGGGCUCAUUAUAUCGCGGACGGCUCCACGAGUCCCGGCAACACGGAGCGGAGUCGGCUUUUACACCAAAUUCUCUCGACAGCCAUUCGAAUCAAAUGCUUGAAUAUUCUCCAAGACCCAAGUGAUUGUUUUGCAACAGAUGCGAUAGAGCGCAGAUGCCUUAAGACUACCUCAAGGUCAGCAUGGCUCCAUCUGCUCGUUGUUUCUGUCGAAUAAUUCCCGCACCGAGGCUACGAUUCUUCCAACGUUAUGCCGUGGACAAGUCCAUCAUGCAUAUUCUAGUCUCGAUCAGUACGUACUAGGCGUGGUCGCCGGACAAUGAUCCAAGGAUAUGCAAGAGAGACAGUUGCUCAUUCAACUUGCACGGCGCGGUUCGGAUUAUGGUCGAAGGCAG